AUGCACAACAAAAACCAGUAUUGUGCAUUGGAAUGCGACGGAUCCAAACAAAGAAUGCAACUAUGGAAGUGGCUAUCACACGACAAUCCAACUUUGGCUGCCAAGCUCAUAUUGCAACGAAACGACAUCAUCGCUGAAAGAAUCAAUGGUAAAUUCUUGGUUGCUCUUUGUAAGUUCAAAGAAAUAGAAUCAACUAUCAUCGAAUUCGAAGCAGGAAUAAUCAACAAAUUCGAAAAUGAAAGAAUAAACGCAGAAUUGGAGAUUUUGGCUCGCAAACAUGAAUCAGUUCAAUUGAUAUCCGAAACACGAGCCACCGAAACUAUUUGGCAGGAAAUCAGUCAACAAGGCGAAGAGUUCGCGGAACAAUUGGAGGAUAUACCGGGCAAACACCGAAACCAUGCAAAGAGAGCUUUCAGAUCUCACUUGGCCCUGGCGAUUGAUUAUAUUUAG